AUGCCCAGUAGUGCGCCGACCUUUAGACCGAUAUGCCUGCUGGAUGAGGCGAGCAAGAUGCUAGAGCGCAUCAUUGCCGACCGCCUCGUCCAGCAUAUGUCCUUGGAGGGGCCGAACAUCCACCACCACCAAUACGGGUUCAGGCCCGGAAAAUCCACGCUGGAUGCGAUUCAGCGGCUCCGGGACCUGACCUGGGUGGUCGUGGAGAAGGAGGGUAAGAUGUUGGCGGUGUCGCUAGACAUCACAAAUGCCUUCAACACCCUGCCCUGGCCGGAGAUUGGACGGUCCCUCGAGUAUCACGUGGUGUCCGCCUAUCUCCGGCGUAUCCUGUCGACCUACUUCGGGGACAAGGACCUCGCCUACUCUGGGAGAGGCGAGGUCUAG